AUGGCAUCAGAAACAGAGCACAACUGGAAAUUUGCACAGUGCUUCGGAGACAAGGGCGAGGUCGAGGACAUCACCGAAGCCGACAUUAUCUCGACAGUCGAGUUCGAUCAUACUGGAGACUACCUGGCAACUGGAGACAAGGGUGGACGUGUCGUGUUGUUUGAGCGUAACGAAGGAAAAAAGGGCUGCGAGUACAGAUUCCACACCGAGUUCCAGUCACACGAGCCUGAGUUCGACUAUCUGAAGAGUUUAGAGAUUGAGGAGAAGAUCAACAAGAUCAAGUGGUGCAAGCGCCAGAACUCGGCCCACUUCUUGCUCUCGACCAACGACAAGACGGUGAAGCUAUGGAAGGUUUUUGAAAAGUCGAUCAAGGUUGUGGCAGAGAACAACCAUGGAGAUGGCCAGCACGUACCGACCGCAGGAGCCCCCCUCAGACUGCCCAAGCUUACACAUCACGACACCAUUGUUGCGGCAGUACCCAGGAAGGUCUAUGCCAACGCCCACGCUUACCACAUCAACUCGAUCUCUAUCAACUCGGACGGAGAGACCUACAUCUCUGCCGACGACUUGCGCAUCAACCUCUGGAACCUCAACAUCAGCGAUCAGAGUUUCAACAUUGUGGACAUCAAGCCUGUAAAUAUGGAGGAGUUGACUGAGGUCAUCACUGCGGCCGAAUUCCACCCUGUCCACUGCAACCUCUUUAUGUACAGUAGCAGCAAAGGAACCAUCAAACUCAGUGACAUGCGUGAAUCUGCCCUUUGCGACCAACACGCCAAGUUGUUCGAGGAGGAAGAGGACCCAAGCAACAAGUCGUUUUUCUCGGAGAUUAUCUCGUCGAUCUCGGAUGUCAAGUUCAGCAAAGAUGGACGAUACAUUCUUUCGCGCGACUACUUGACAUUGAAGGUGUGGGAUAUCAACAUGGAGAGCCGACCUGUGCAGACCAUCAACAUCCACGACCACUUGCGCAACAAGCUGUGCGAUCUCUAUGAGAACGAUUGCAUCUUUGACAAGUUUGAGUGCACAUUCUCUGGCGACGGAAACAAUGUGUUGACUGGAUCGUACAACAACAACUUUUACAUUUACGAUCGCAAUGGCAAGAACGAUGUGACUCUUCAGGCGGACAAGAGUGCGUUCAAGGCCAAGAGAGUGGGAUCGGCCAAGAACAAGAUGAUGGCACGGACCAAGAACGGCAAGAAGGACGAUAUCAAUGUCGAGUCGAUUGACUUUACCAAGAAGAUCUUGCACGCGUCCUGGCAUCCUAACGAGAACUCGAUCGCCAUUGCCGCCACCAACAACCUCUUCAUCUUCACACUGUAUGCCCGAUUCAUCCUCAUGGAAAUCGACAGCGAGGACAGCUUCCGGGCUACGCUUAGGCAAGGGAUCCAGGAACAGCAUCAUCAUGAUAUCUGCGAGAUUUUGUAUAACCCAGACACCACCCACCAUUACUCUGUUGUCAUCGAUAUCAUGGCGUUGGUAGACUCGGGGACAGACCCAAGGCUGUGGUCGGAUCUUGCCGUCUUACCCCACAAAGUCCUCCCGAUCUUGGAUCGUAUCUUACAAGAUGUGCAGAUGGAAAUCAUCCGGCUGCAUGAUGAUGAUGAUUUAGAGACGCAGGAUCGUCAAAGACUUAGCAGCUACAGCUAUAGCAACAACACCGGAGUCAAGAUGCUGGAGAACAAGAAACCAGUGCAAUGUCUGAUGUGCAAGAAGACGUUUGACGUGCUGGCGGAUGUGGAGCAAUACAAUAAGGUGGCCAUGCCGACAAGGUGUCAGGCUCAAGGGAAUACAAAGCCUUGUAAUGGUUACAAGUUCCAAAUGGUUGAACCUCCACCUGGUCAAUUGCCUGAGGGAUGUCGGGAUUAUCAGGAGAUCAAGAUUCAGGAACAGACAAACAAGCUGACCAUGGGAACCAUCCCUGGAUCGAUGGUUGUUAUUCUUCACGAUGACUUGGUGGACCAUGCCAAGUCUGGAGACGAUGUGACCAUCACGGGUACGGUGAUAAGGAGGUGGAAGAACCCGAUGGUCGGAGAACGCUGUGAUAUUGAAUUGGCGCUGCUGGCAAACCAUGUCUUCAUCCAUAACGAACAGCGAGUCGGCGUCGGGAUCACAGAGGAACAGCGACUGGAUUUUGAGCAUUUCUGGGAGCACGCCCGGUCCAAGAAUGUCGACAAGCCCUUCACGGCACGCAACCAGAUCUUGAGCCAGAUCUGCCCAAAAGUCUAUGGACUCUAUAUUGUCAAGUUGGCGGUCAUGUUGGUCCUGACGGGCGGAGUGGCCAAGAACGAUGACAAGUCGGGGCUCAAAGUUCGUGGGGAACCACAUCUGUUGUUGGUGGGUGACCCCGGAACGGGGAAAUCACAGUUUUUGAAGUAUGCGGCCGAGUUGAAUCCGAGAUCGGUGUUGACCACGGGAAUCGGGAGCAGUAGUGCAGGUCUGACGGUCACUGCUGUGAGGGAUGGGAAUGAAUGGCAGUUGGAGGCUGGUGCGCUGGUGCUGGCGGAUCGCGGGUUGUGUUGCAUUGAUGAGUUUGGGGGGAUGAGAGAGCAUGACAAGGUGGCGAUCCACGAGGCGAUGGAGCAGCAGUCGAUCUCGAUUGCCAAGGCGGGAAUUGUGUGCAAGUUGAACACGCGGUGCUCGGUCAUUGCUGCGACGAACCCCAAGGGGAAGUAUGACCCCAACGAGUCGGUGUCGAUCAACAUCGCGUUGGGGAGUCCGCUGCUGUCGCGAUUUGAUAUCGUCCUGGUGUUGAUGGACACAGGCAACCCCAAUUGGGACCAGAAGAUAUCGUCGUAUAUCUUGGACACGCGUAUGCGGAUGGAUGGGCAGUUCGUGCCCAAGAGGAAGCGGUUGACAGGAAAAGAGAUCCGGCGGCGGCGGAAAAAGCUGAGGAAGAUUGCGAAGCGGAAACGGAUGGAGGCGUUGGGUUUAGAGCCAGGUGAUGAUGGGUAUGAUAGCAGCAUCUCAGAUGAUGGCAGCUCGCUUGGAGGAAGUAAUACUCCUGGGCAGGCGGAGGACGAUGAUGAGGACGACGAGGAGCAGGAACAGGAAGCUACACCUGACCCUUGGUCACUCGAGAAAGUCAAGGCGUACCUGAUCUGGAUCAAAUCGACCUUUCAGCCGAAGCUGACCCCACCCGCAGAACAGGUCUUGGUAUCCUAUUACCAACUCCAACGGAAAGCUGAUCUCCGCAACGCCGCACGGACGACAAUUCGACUUUUGGAGUCUUUGAUCCGGCUGAGCCAGGCUCAUGCUCGGCUGAUGGCCAGGAAUUUGGUCACCGUUCAGGAUGCGGUGGUUGUUAUUUCGUUGAUGGAGGCUACAGCGCAGGGUGGAGCCGCGGUUCUGGGAGGUAUCAAUCCGUUGCAUGCCAGCUUCCCCAAGAGUGCCGAGGAUGAGUAUUGGCGACAGGAGUCUGCUAUGCUUGAUCGGUUGGGACUGGCAAAUCUUGCUUCUCAAUUGCAGGAAGGUGAUGAUGUUGAUGAUGAAGGUCGAGGGGCUGGAUACGGUGAGGAUGAUGUGGUCCCUGGAACUGACAUUGAGGAGAUGUCGAGGCCCGGUGUCAAGCGGCGACGAGAGAAUGGUCAUGGUGACGACUAUGAUCAUCACCGAGAUCACUACCGUGCAAUAUCCUCGCCUUCAAAACAAGGAUCUCUCGGUGGCAACAUUCAGAACCCAAGUCUUGUAGCAGCUAGGCCAUCCUUUUCCGCAUCGACAGGAUCAACUGCCACCUUGUCAACCGGAAGCAUGGUCUUGGACGACCAAGCCGAGGCAGAGUUCCUUGAGCGACUCAGACAGUCCGACCCCAUCAUCGAUGACAACCCCAACAACAAAACGAUGUCGCGGUACAGUAGCGGCGACGGUGGUGGAUCUCUGGAAGAAGGGUUCGUGGGUGUGAAGACGGAGGAGGAAGAACCGCCUCUGAUUGACCGACGGUUUGCCCUUCGUCAGACACAGACCCAGUAUUCCGCGGGGGUUGUGUCGCCACCGGUUUCAAGGAAGGAGAAUAAGGGCAAAGGUGUGGUGCGGAAUCGAGAUUUUAAGGAUGAGUUCGACCAUGACGAAAGUUCUUAUUCUUAA